GACGAACUCAACUGUCUCAAUCUCGAUAUUAUUUCCCCUCCGCCAUCCGCUGACGGUUCGUUGUAUCCUACCAUGGUCUGGAUCCAUGGUGGUGCAUUGAAGAACAAGAGUGGAGGACCUGAUGCCUACAAUGCUACCAAGUUAGUUGCGCACUCGGUGGAAAUUGGCCGCCCUGUCGUCGUCGUCAAUGUCACAUAUCGUCUCAAUGUGUUCGGAUUCUUCUCAAGCUCCGACUUAAAGAAGGAUGUAGAGCAGGAUGGCGAGGAUGUCUACGGUAGUUGGGGUAUUGAUGACACUCGUCUUGCCGUCCAAUGGGUUAAACAACAUAUCCAACACUUUGGCGGAGACCCCGAUCGUUUGACUGGAUUCGGAGAGUCG